GGCUUCAUAACGAUCGCGUUGUACGUUGUCAAAGUUAAACACAAAUGACAUCACAAAGUCCACACUUACUUGUACGUAAUCAGAGGAAAUUCUGACUCACUAAACAGUCGAGUUUACACGUUGCUAGGCAACGUCGCUCGGCACUGUGAGUGCGUCUUAGUGCUCAACCCAUUCUUUGCCUUCCCUUUUACUCAAUGAGAAGAUUAUACCGAAAACAUGCUGUUUGAAUCGGAAAACACCAAAACUUCCAUCUAUGACCAAAUAGCGGAUUUGCAGCGUAAACUUCAACUUUUAGAGAGCGACAGGAGCGCCUACUAUGAAAGCUCUCAGUCGGCCUUGGAGAAGAACCGCCAGAACAUCUUGCAGCUACGAGAGGAGAACAGGGACCUGAAGAAGAGGGUGUCGGAAGCCGAAGCCGAUGAACAACAAUUUGUUCAGUCGGCCUUACACGGCCGAGGCGUGGAAAAGGACACCGGACCACCAAUGUCUGGGAAGGCAGCCCUAUCCAAACUUGAACACCGGGUGGCGUCAAAAAUGAAGCGUCUCAACGCCCUGAGACACACAACUCUAACUCACCAGCGUCGCCUGGAUGACCUCAAGAGGGAGUGCCUCAGAUUGGAAGCAGUGGGCUUCAACCAAGCACUCUCAGAAAAGGAGGAUAUUACAAUGAAAUUGAGGUCACUGCAGAACUGUCUGGAGAAGAACCAGCUCAAGUGCAAGGAAGCUGCAAACAUCAUGACUAACUACCUAAAACUCAAACGUCACUUGCAGGAGGAGAGCCUGACUUUCCAGGGUCAGAUAGACGGUCUAGAAGCAGAAAUCAUGAAGUACAGGAGGGAAUUGCAGGAAGUACAGGAUAUGAACAACAAAGCCCAGCUCUCCAAAGAAACCGCAAUUGCCGAGUUACAGCAGCAGGAGGAGCUGUUCUACAAGGAGCACCAAGAAAAAGAUUAUCUUUUAGCCAUCUACCGGAAAAGGGUGCAGGAGAUCAAGGCCAGGGCUGAAAAAUUAGAUGCUCAGAGGAAAAACGUACAACAGGAUGAGCUGAACAGUGAAGCAGAGUCCGGCGCUGCCAGGAUGGCUGCUGAAAUGGAACAAAGCAUUAGCAUGUUUGAUGAGACCCUCCAAAGUAUGAAGGAUGCCACUGGUUACACAGAUACACAGGAGGUCAUGGAUCGUUACAUUGCCCAGAGGGAGACUCAUCAACAUAUGCAAGCAGUGAAAGCAGAGAACGAAUAUGUUCUCCAGCAGCUAAAGGAGCAAAAGGUGCACCUGAAAAAGCAGUUUGAGGCCAUGAAGUAUUCGGGAGAAACACAACUGUCUAGUGAGCAGAGGUUGCUGGACGAGUGUGAGCAAGAGCUGCUGGUUAAGCAGCAGAGUUGUGAAACAGCUAAGGAACGUCUGUCUUCCCUUGUCAAAACCCUCAGCACUAUCCAAGCUGGAGUGGAGCACCUCGCAGACCAACUUAAUCACAUCUCUCUGAAUGAACCACCGUCAGAUAUUUCUCCAAACUCAGAAGAGUUUGUGGUGCAGCUGCUGGCCCAGUGUGAGCGGAAAGUGCAGUUACUGCAGAGCAAGCUUCACGGAAUGGAUCUCGAUGAGAUUGCCAAGGACAUGGAGGAAGAGGAGUUCUAUUUUAUGAUUGAGAAGCAACUGCCUGCUUACAACAAGCGAGUCACCGUGUCUGAGGACCAAGAGAUGGGCCUCUUAACCAACGAAGAGGAGAAUGAAGAGGAAGAAGGCAUCCUCUCACGAGAGGCACUAAAGCGCCGCUCUCAGGCUAUGAUUGAUUCAAUGUCCAACAAGAAAUCCUGGAAGGUCAAGAAGGGCAAGUAAAUGAGAUGCUCUAAGGCAGGCAGGGAGAUGUUUGAUUAGGUAUGGUAGGUAGGUAGGUAGGGAGGCAGGUCAUUAGGUCGAUACAAAAAAAAAA